AUGGACUUUUUCCUGAUCCAUGGCCUAGGAGAAUUUAUAUUAACACACCCUAAUUUACAAAUUCCAAAGAAGGAAAAGAUCUACUCAGUAAAUGAAGGAAAUGCAAAAAACUGGGAUAAACAAUCUACUGAAUAUGUGACAAAUUGCAAGUUCCCUACAGAUGGUUCAUCUCCCAAAUCUCUCAGAUACAUUGGAAGCAUGGUUGCUAAUGUUCAUAGAACAUUAUUAUACGGUAGCAUUUUUUUAUACCCUGGUAACAAGAAAAACCCAAAUGGGAAACCCAAAUUUUUUCUACAUAUAACAAGAAUCUAUUUAUGCAUUUUGAUUAGAGUUCUUUCUGAAGUUUUCCCAAUGUCCUAUCUGGUUGAGCAAGCAAGAGGGCAAUCUUUUACUGGCAAGAAACGAGCACUUGAUCUGUUUCCAAGGAAGAUACAUGAAAAAUCCUCAAUUUUCCUUGGAAGCUAUGAUGAAGUCGAAGAAAUAAAACUACUCUAUAAGGCUACUUGA